GCACAACCAAACAUGGUCUCAUGACUCGACGUCAUAAAAUUCAGUUCCCGAUAUCUAGCUCUCCAUUUCACUUAGUCGCAGACAGUUUUCUGCACGCUCAACAAUGCCAGAUGGACUUAUUACAAACAGGCCUUUGGAGAAUGAGGCUACUGGCAUUGACCUGCAUGUACCACUCUAUCAGGAGAUCAGAGGAUCAAUAAUUACAGGACAUGUAGAAUAUCAGAUUGUUGUUGUGACCCGCCUUGCUUCCUUCAAGUCUGCAAAACACAAAACGGGAGAUAUUGUGCAGUUUGUUGUUUCCAAGAAAUACAGUGAAAUCGAAGAGUUUUACUACAGCCUGAUGACUAAGUAUCCAAGCAUCCAUCUGCCUCCAAUGCCCCGCAAAGCCCUGUUUGUGGGUGAGACGGACCUCCAAAAGCGGAGAGCAGCUUUUGACAAACUUGUCAAAUUCUUUUCCAAGCACCCAAUACUGGCAAACUGCACAGAAUUACUGGAGUUCUUAGGGGCAAAGACAGUGCUCAGUGAUGUCAAAACUACAAACGAACCUGAGAGAUUAGACCAGGAUCAGGAAGACGGUCUGGAUUUCUUUGAAAGAGAGGAACCAUCUAACUUGAAAAUGGCAGUAGCAGUGGAUAUAUCGGACCAAAGUGUAAAGAAGUCUUAUGAAGAGAAGGAAUUAACAGGCCUGCUGACCAGUAAGCUGCUUAAGAAACAUGACAAUUUAGGGAGUGCCAAAUCCGUCUCUAAACCCAGUCCAAAAACACUGUUUGAUGAGGAGGAUGAUCCAGACAAGAAUCUGUUUUCACCUGCAGUAAAAGGUGAAAUGAAGCUGUUUGACAGUGUACAUUUAGGAGACACCAACACUUUGCUGUUUUCUAAGACCAAUAACAGCAUUAAAUCUACAGAGACUAAAGUGGAUGAAGAUAUAGAUGAUCUCUUCAGGGUAGAACUGGAUUUUGACAAACUUCUCACUGUCAGCAAGAAAGUCAAACAUGGGCCAGAUCCUUCCCUGAAAGCCAAGCCCGGAGUGAAAGCCGAACCUAUGAAUCAGAAGUCUUCCACCUUUACCCAAUCAACUGAUCUGCAGCUCAGCAGAGCCGAGGCUAUGAACCAGAUGGAUAUUCUCCAGUACAUACAGCAAAAUGACCUACCAGCCACCGAUGACUUAGACCUUUUUAAACUCUGAUGUUCUGGAACUUUCCAGCCUAGUCACCGACUUUAUUUAGAAUAAAUGAUCAGUUAAUAUUGUCUGAAAAGCCUUGCCUUGCACACACAAGACAAAUUACAAGACGUUGUAUUGUAUAAAGGGCUAUAUAAAUAUAUAACACAUGAAUAAAAUCAUAUCCAACACUCA